AUGUUCGCCCGCCGUUCCGUCUCGUUUGCCCUCAAUGCGCGCGCGUUCCACGCGUCAGCCCUCCAGUCCGCAGACAAGUCGGCUCUUGAGGUUCGUCUCCGCGACUCGCUCAAGAGCGCGAUGAAGGCGCGCGACAAGGCCGCCGUCUCGACUCUCAAGUCCGUUAUCGCCGAUGUGACGUACGUCGUCAAGUCCGGGAGCACGCCCAACGACCCCGCGAGCCAGGAGACGGUCAUCAACACUGUCCGGAAGGGCAUUGCGAAGCGGCGCGAGGCGGCUGAGUCUUACGCGGCCGGCACGCCCGGUGCGUCCGAGGAGCACUACGCCAACUUUAUGGACGAGAUCGCGCUGCUCGAGAAGUACAUGCCCGUUCCGCCGACCGGCGAGGCAGUCCAGAAGAUUGUCGACGAGAUUGUGGCCGGGCUCGAGACACGUAACAAGGCGCAGACGGGGACGGUCAUGAAGGCGCUCUGGGAGCGGUUGGGAGAGGCGCGAGCGGCGGUCGACAAGAAAGACGUCGCGGCGCGCGUGGCCAAGGCCCUCAAGUAG